AUGCAUGACCUCGUCAACUCUGAACAUGGUGGCUGCAGGAAAUAUUGGAACGCGUAUGUACAGUACCUUGCACUGUGGGACAAGCUGAGAGAAGGAUCAUGCAGUGUACUCUGGGUCCCGUACGCCCCAUGUUCUUCAUUAUCCAGUAAAGGCAAAUCCAGGGUAAUCUUUGGUUCGCGGGUUCUUCAUGCGCACCAAGGGUCGAGAACCCGAUGUGGGUUCUCCCGGGGCAAAAUAGUCCUGGGAAAUGAAGCGAAGAGAGCUUCAGCCUUUAUCUGCCAAAACACCCGGGAAAAUAACAAUUCUCUUCAAAUCUCAAACAACAAUAACCCACUUGGUGGGCAUAUCUCGUAUGCAUGGGGUGACAAGGAACGGCUUUUGUUGCUGUAUCCCCUCACGGUAUCAAGAGCAACCAGCAGGGAUGAAAAUUGUGAAGCUGAAUUCGCGAUGAGUGGAGGGGCCCUGGGAGAAGCAAGGCAGAAAAGCAGGGACCAUGGGUUUAAGAAAAGCAGCAAAAUUAGAAAACUGAACAAGUUUUUAAAAAUAAGCCGGGAAAGGCCCAAAAGAAGAAAAAUCGCUCCCACUGUCCAGGAAGCCGGGAACUGGGGAAAUGACACGUUUUACUGCAAAGCUAGGGGGACGUCGGGUUGUUUUGACAUGGGCCACGUUGGUAAUCUGGCGGUGACGAGAAUAUGA